AUGGAUGCUUCUCCAAGCCGGCCUCUGCAAACAGACGGUUCGCGCCAGAUCAAACGGUUCCUUCCACAGGAUGUCAAUGGAGAAUUGGAAGACCUUGUGCAUCAUGCUAUUCGGCCUUGGAUGAAAAGAUGCCUUAAGGAGCAUACUACCACGUGCAAUCACGAAGCCAAGAGCAGCAACAACCCGAUCCUACCGACUCGACUCCUUUUCGUCGGUAGCCAGACACAUCCUACGCCCAAGCUCGUUGAAAAUCAAAAUCGCACCUAUACUCGAUACCUCAUAUUGAGCUACUCAUGGGGCUCAAGCGGCAAUCACAACAAGGUGAAGACAUUGGAGGAGAAUUAUCAAGCCCGUCUUGAGGGUAUCGAUAUUUCCGAACUUCCGAAAACCAUUCAAGAUGCUAUAGAAGUCACUCGCGCCAUGGGGGAAUCCUAUAUCUGGAUUGACGCUAUAUGCAUCAAACAAGACAAGGAUCCCAAUGUUAGUGACUGGGACCUCGAAUCACCUAAGGUUGGAGACUAUUACGCCAAUGCGCUGUGUAUGAUCUCGGCAAUGCGUGCCAAGGAUAGCGCUGGAGGUUUCCUUACAGAAAGGAAACUUUCAAAGUACCCCCAUCUGCUAUAUGGUGGAUGGGUACGCUCGCUACCCAUCACGUAUUCAGCGUGGAGGACAAAUCAAGGGCUCUUACAGAGCAAUGGUGUUUCCUCAUACAAAGAUAUUCCGGUAUGGCGUUAUCAUAUCCGACAGACCGACUCGUCGCAAUUCAUGGUAUCGCUGCUCGCCUCAUCAAACAGCGCCGUGAUCGGUACUGUGCCGGAGUUUUCGAAUCUCAAGUACGCGCAGGGUUGCUCUGGUAUUCAACUGAACAUGCAAGGAAAGAUUCAAACUUCCCGAGCUGGUCAUGGGCGUCUGUCACUGAUCGAGUCACUUGGCUUCAGCCAUGGACUGGCCCCAACAUUACCACCAAAGUUCAAGUAA